GAGAGAGGCCUAUAGAUAAGUAGGUAAGAGAAGUAUGGCUCUCUCCUUGUUUAGGCUUGGUAGUUUGCGCGAACUGGUUAUUGUCGCCACCCACCAGAAAAUAUGCGCUCCCUUCUCGUCUCAACGCUCCUCGCGCUCUUCGUAAGCGUCAAGGGCGCCAAUUUUGCCUUCGAGGACGACCAGCUUACUGAGGCCGACAUUGGUGACUUCUCGGACAUAGCUUUUGGGGAUGCGACUGCUGUAGCCAGAGCUCCUCGUGACGAUGACGAGCCUGACUGUAGGGAGUACCCGGGGUCUGAUGACUGGCCUCUUGAUGAAGACUGGUCUAGACUAAAUCGCACGUUGGGAGGUGCCUUGAUUAGGGGCGUUCCGCCUGCCGUGGUCUGUUAUGAGGGUCCAGCAAAAGACGAAGCAGCCUGCACCUAUCUUCUGCGGAAUACGUCCUCCAAUCGUUUUUACAUAGACGACCCGGUCACAAUGUUCUCCGAGUGGCCCGAGGGCGACACUUGCCAUGCAACGCUACAGCCCCAAGAUGGUGAGAAUUGUACGCAGGGUGCCUUUCCUGCUUAUGUCGUCAAUGCUACGACAGUGAAGCAGAUCCAGAUCGCCGUCAACUUCGCCAGAAACCGGAACCUUCGUCUGGUCAUCAAGAACACCGGACAUGACUUCGUCGGACGAUCGGCCGGUUUCGGAAGCCUCAGCGUCUGGACACACUAUCUGAAGGACUUCCAAUACCUACCCCGAUAUAGGGUCGGGGAAUAUAGGGGUAGAGCAGCUAGAGUUGGUGCUGGUGUCGAGAGUUGGGAGAUGUUUGCGUAUAUGAACCGCUGGAACAUAACGACGUUGGUUGCAGGGGGCUAUACUGUCGGAGCAUUCGGCGGCUGGAUGGCAGGCGGUGGACAUUCAGCUUUGGCUUCCAAGUAUGGCCUUGGUGCUGAUCAACCCCUUUCAAUCCAGGUUGUCACGGCUGACGGCAGAUUCGUCACCGCGGAUCCUACCCAAAAUACCGACUUAUUCUAUGCAUUGCGUGGCGGUGGAGGAAGUAAGCAGUCCUAUGCGUUCUUCUUACAUUCGGUAGUUUGAUGUUGAUCCUAGACAAUAUGCUGACAACAGGCAUACAGGUACGUACGGUAUCGUAACUUCGGCCAUCAUCAAGGCUCACCCGCCAACGAAUAUUCUUGCUACUUCCCUAAUGUUUAUGGUAGGCAGCUUUAAUAUUUCUAGGCCUAGGUCUGCAAGUAGUGAUGUCGAGAAAUUCUGGAAGGGGUUCGACCUAUA